AACCUUGCAAGACAACCUUCAAAAUCUUGAAAAUGCAAGAAAGGAAGCGCAACAUGAGAUAUCCUUUUCAAAGGUUAGUCAAGAAGAUUUAAACGAUUUAGAUAUGAUUAUAAAAGACAUGUACAUAGACAUAGGUGGUCUAGCUUUAAGCGGAGUAAUUGAAGGAGAAUUAAUGGGAGAUGGACAAGAGGGCGAAUUAGAGAUUCGCAUAGAUAAUUGCGAAAACGAAUCAAUUCUCGAUCAAAGGUCGACUAAUGUCGGACGUUUGCCGUCAUUAACAAAUACCAUUGGUACUCUAGGAAGUGAAGAAGACCUAACGAGGUUGUUGGGCAUCCUCCGACCAAUUUGCAUAGAACUUUCAAAUGCGUGCCAAUUAUGUUUGAUGGAUUGCGUCGCACGUAUUCAGCAUAAUUUUUGCGAACCAUGGUAUAAAAAAUGGUCUCCAUUCUAUCGUAAACCAGUUCUACAUCAUUACCAUAGUGUUACCCCCUACGAACCUUCAAAAUUCCUGAAAGAUGCGGCUAUUAGGUUUAACAAAGCGCGUGAGGAAGGUUUGCACUGUCUUUUCGCUGAUCAACAAAAUAUUAGUCCUUCACCACAAAGGGUGUUACUGUUACUGUUACUCUUUGAAAAUAACCUCAAAGAUUUCUCCAGAAAUUUGGGCCACUUGGUUAACCGGAUUAGCUUUUUAGAAGCCACGAGGAAGGAUAUGAAAUUUUGGAUCCCUUCGAUCUCAUUUUUAAAACGUAGAAGAAACGACAGUUUAACCGAUGAAGAUGGUUUGAAUGUUGAGACACAAGUGAGGAAUGAUGGGGGUGAGGAGGAAGAGGAGUUUGAAGAAUUUUAUGGCCCAGAUCCGGAUGUAACUCCGCCAUCCACUCCUGCUCAAAGGUUUUGGUAUGGGUUGUGGAAAGUGAGAAAUUGGUUUAACAGCGAACACGCAAGGUUUGCAUGCAAGAAUGCGUUUGCGGUAACUUGUUUGAGCUUGCCUGCGUUUCUACCCAACUCUUCUGCAUGGUUUGACGAUUAUCGUGGUCAGUGGGCACUCGUUAGUGCAGUUCUAUCAUUCUCUCCAACGCUAGGUGGUGCAGUACUCCAAUUUUUUGGUCGUCUUCUAGGCUCGUGUAUUGGGGCUUUAAUGGCAAUAGUCGCAUGGAAUAUCACUCAGGGAAACGCGUUUGGGUUGGCUGCUAUCCUAUUUGUAUUUUCAUUGACAUUGUGGUUCACAUACCUAAACUCCAAAGUGUGGACUGUAGGUGGGAUCAUUAUGUUGGUCAAUUUCCCCUUGGUGCUGGCUAACGUUUAUCAAGCUCAGAAUGGUGUUGGUCGUCCUGAGGACACGCUAUACACGAUCGCUGCAAAGCGAACAAGUGCAGUGAGUAUUGGAAUCACAUCAGCAUUCAUAAUGAUGAUGUUUCCAUGGCCACACGCAGGACGCGUAGAGGUUCGUUAUCGACUUGCGCGCACAAUAGCCAAUCUUGGGGUCCUUUAUUCGAUGACAGUUUCCAUGUUGUUAAGAGAGCCUCGUAAAAUGUGUUUCAACACCGCUCCCUCAUUUACGAAGUUGGUCGCGCAUGUAAAAAGAUCAAUAGCCGCAGAACGUUUGUUACUUUUACGUACCGUUUACGAACCUCCUUUGAGAGGUCGUUUCCCGAUGGAGCAUUACGAGAAGAUGAUAGAUAUAGUGGAACACAUGGUCAACUUGAUUAGCGGAUUAGAGCACACACUUCGCGAACUGAAUGGUACAGAGUGGAAGACUGACCUGGCAGAUGUGUUGGAUCCAUCAAAGUGCCAUUAUAUUACACAUAUUUUGACAUCGUUCUAUAUUUUGGCGACAGCGUUAGAAAAUAGAGUGCCGUUGCCUCCUUAUAACAUCGUCGCGUCAGUGGACACUCAAUUUGGAGAACACGGAUUGGGUGAAAGAAUCUCAAAGAGGAUUCGAAUGACUGCGUCGGAAUUAAAAAAACAAGAUUUGGAAACUCGCGCUUACAUUUGUUAUUGCACAUAUUUAAUCAAGACAAGCCAUUUAGUUAAUGAACUCUUGAAGCUGGUGACCGAGGUUAAAAAAUUGGUGGGCGUAAAUAGAUAUGUUAAAGAAUUGUGUCGUUUUUAA